AUGACGAGCAGGUUUGCCAAAGGGGCAGAAGACAGAGGAAAAGCCCUCGAAGAAAAGAGGUCGGAGAGGCAAGAGAAGAAGCAAGGCAUAAGGCCUGAAACCUACAGACAGCCCUGGGAGCAAAAAGACCAAAGACCCCACCCUCCAAGGGUUUCAGAACAGAAAUCGCUCCCUCCGUGGAUUCCAGAGAGUCUGACCCCGCUCAACGCCUCCAGAGCCGAGGUGCUCAUGGCAGUACAGGACAAGGAGUUCCUUCAAUGGCCCAGACCUAUGAAAGCUGAAGCAAACCAGCGAGAUCCUGACAAAUAUUAUCAGUAUCAUCGUACACACGGCCACGACACCAACAACUGCUACCAGCUGAUUGCUGAGAUCGAGAGGCUGAUAAAAAGGGGACACCUCAGAAACUUUGUGAAGAAACCGGAGGGACAAAGGCCGCGGCCCAACCCAGUGGAGCAAACAUCCCGGAGAGCAGGAGCAGGACCAGUGAAUGAUGGGUCUAGUGGGACCAUCAACAUGAUUGUCGGAGGGACAGGAGGUCGGAUGAGCCGAAGGGGAAAAAAGAGGAGUCGAGAGGGAGAAAGCAGCAGCGCUGAAGUCAUGCAGGUCGUCGAGCAUUCUCCAGGGGCCAUCACUUUCUCUCCAGAGGAUUCUCAGGGUGUUCAAAUGCCUCAUGACAACGCCCUUGUCAUUGAAGCCGUCAUUCACAACUACCGGGUGAAGAAGAUCUUGGUGGAUGAUGGAAGCAAGGUGAACCUAUUACCCUACAGAGUCUUCCAACAGAUGGGAAUUUCCGAGGAGCAACUAGUCCGGAACCAGGCCCUAGUGAAAGGGAUCAGAGGAAUCCCUGUACCAGUGGAGGGGAAGGUGGCUGAGGAGCAUCCUGCUGGUGGGCUGCUGGAGGUGGCUCAUUUGCUGGUUCCUGCCCUAUUGCUUGUGUUGCCUGAUCUGCAGUAUCUGCUAUAG